UGUUAUCUUGAGGGUUUAUGGAAAUCAGGAAGUACUUGGUGUACUUAUCCUCGUACCUAUGGUAAUAAUCGGUUGACUCACUAUCGUUAUUUUUCUUCUGGACAAGGCUUUUGAAAGGACCCUCCGUACAGAUACCUAGAUACAGAUGUUUGAACGGGGGCCGGAUUGGCUGGUGGUUGCCCACUUCUCUCAAACUCGCGCGCGCGCCGCAUCCCUUCAUCCGUUGCGCGGCGUGUCCCGACAGCCGCAACACAACAUCCUCCAGUCCAUCGACGCAUCCGCCGCUGUGCCAAUGCGACUCUGGCGCCGGGGCAGAGCCGACAUCUCUCAGUGCCAAGUUGCCAAGAUCUGUAGAACCCGUCAAUACCCUCAUGGCGAUGCCUCACUGAACUGGCCUCACUGGCGGACAGAGCCGGCCCCUGCAGAGAACACCAGAGAACACCCGCUCUCCUGCUGUAGGUCUUACUGUACUGUCCCCGUGCUGCGAGUUGCCACUGUGCUUGUAUCACCGACCUUCUGUCUCGCAGUGUUGGCAUCGCCAAGCCUUUUCGUCGCUUCUUCAUCUCACCAUCAUGAACGACUGGCCGCGACGGCGCACAUGCUUGCGUCUCGCGACGAUCAAUUGUCGCUGAUAAUUGUCAUUCCCGACGGCGUUAAUCAUCGAAGCAUACCGCAAGAGGCUGCGGAUGCCUUGGCGCUGCAUUGCCGUCUUCUUGGCCUGCGACAGUGCGUGCCUGACACUCCAAAUAAACUCACCUCGUCUCGACACUUGUCGCAGAUCGACAUCACACCAAGCUUGCACAAUCUGCUUGCCAGCCCGCCUCACGAAAGGGGCAAUUGAUGCUCAAGAGACAACACGCCAGAGACAUGAUGCGCGGCCGUUUGAGAUUAUUCCAAGUAAGCUU